AUGUCCCUCGCUACCUGGAACCACAUCGUUUCACAACAAGGUCCUCUGAAGUGUCAAAAGAAAAAACCGGGCAAAGAGUUCAUUUUGGAUCAUUCCCAAUUGAUGGUGAAAGACUCUGAGCGAAAAGACCGAUGCACCCUUUCCAAUGACCUCCAAAUUUUCCAAGCAUUAACGAGGAGGUCUUUGGCAUGUGACCUCAUGGGUGUGUGCUCCUUCAAGACCAUGGAGCGAUGGCAUCGCUUUUUGAUGGACGCAACACAAGUUUCAGCCCCUGGCGGAUACAAGGCGCCCACAACAGAGCAGAUUCUCAGGGCUGACCGAGCCGCUGGGGUUCGCAUGGCAGAAGGGGUGUCCUCUUUGAAGCGCCGAGCUGACGGAGUUCUGCCACUUGACGUGGCCCUGGAUGCUUUGAGAACUGACCCCACUGUGGUGUUUCACAUGGCGCCACUGCCCAUGCAGACCAACACAAAGCCGGACAAGAAUCAUGACAAGCCGGGUGGCCCCAAGCAACCCCCGAAAAAGGAUCAGCCAUCCAACAAGACCUCGAAGGGUGGCAAGGGCAAGGGCAAAGGCCCGGGAAAAACUGCCCGUGGUCGAAUGCCUCAAGAGUUAGUGGGGUUACACCAGAACCUCAAAAAUGGCAAGAGGAUAUGCUACAAUUUCAACCUCGACAAAGGGUGUGCCUAUGCAGAAGCAGGAAAGGACUGCAUGAAGGGUGGCCACUAUUGCAUGCGAUGCCUGGGGACCCAUCCAGCAUACGAGAGAAUGGGACUGGCACAAUCCAUAGGCAUCGAUGCCCCUGUCACCAAACAAGUCAAGUCUCCUGUCAUACAAAUCAACCUUGCAGAAGAAGCUGGCCAAGCUGUUUUAUGGCGUAUUUUACGCAAUGACAACGUUGUCGCAGUGCAUAUGGGUCUUCCUUGCGGCUUCGAGCCGAGCCAGGGAAAUCAAGCACAAACGGCGGUACAACCCGCCACCACUGCGUUCCACGACACACCCAGAUGGACUGCCUACAUUGACAGGCCUGGGCCAAUUGUGUUUGCAGAUGCUUUCUUGCCCUUGGCUAAGCGCAUCAAACUUCCCUAUCAAGUUGGGGAGAAAGCGGAGUUUGACAGGUGGGAGACGGUCUAUGGAAUUUCGUGGGCCCCACAAGCAUUCGUUGAAAGAGCGGCAGGGCGAUCACACCCUGGCCAUUUCCUUGACGGUGUGCACCCGGUCCUCAAGAACAUGUCCGACAGUGGAGCCAACAAAUCGCCUUCGUGCAGAGCCAGAGAGCGGUCUGAACAGAUGAGGAAAUGGAUAACCAAGGCCACUGAACUGACGAAGAGCAUGGAGGACGGUAAAGAUGAUUCGCCCUACCAUGCCAAGGUCAUCCUGGCCAAGAAAAACUUGAGACUGUUUGAAGAGAUGAUUAGUGCCUUUGAAUCUCCAGACCUUGGACUGGCAAAAGACAUUGCCCAGGGCUUCAACCUGAUGGGCAACAUACCGACUGGUUCAAUUUACCCAGUCAAACCAUCCUAUGCCACGCUCUUGCCAGAGCAAGUCAGGGGCAUGGCUGAUUUGGCCAGGCCAGCAAUUUGGGAAGCCGCCAAAAAGAUCGUGGAUCCAGAGAUUGCUGCCGAGGUGUAUCGCAUCACGCUUGAAGAGAGAGACAAGGGCUGGCUACGACGCCCAUUUGCACCUCAAGAUCUCCCCAAGGAGGCAAUCUUAACCAGAAGGUUUGGGGUGAAGCAGUCGUCCACCUUGUCGGACGGAAACCGUACAAUGAAGGUGAGGCCAACCGAUGAUUUCUCAGAAAGUUUGGUGAACUCUACAAACUCCUGUGCGGAGUCGAUCCAACCAAUGGCCGCGGACUCCAUCCUUGCAACGAUGGUAUAUAGAGAUCGCGCAUGGGGGCAUGAAAAACUCACUGGAAAGACGAUUGACCUGCGAAAAGCCUACAAGAACCUUCCGCUGGCUGCUGAAGCCCUUGGAGACGCAUAUCCUUGUGUCAUGAACCCUGAGACGGGCAAACCUGAGGCAUUUCAGACGCUUGUGCUGCCCUUUGGGGCGAGAGCGGCAGUUAUGGGUUUCUGUAGGACGUCCUAUGCUCUUUGGCGCGUUGGCGUUAGCAUCUUCGGGCUUCUCUGGACUGUCUUAUUUGAUGACUACUUCCUGGUGGCCUCAGAGCUUGAGGAGCGCCAUGUUGACAUGGCACAACGACUCCUGUUCCAAAUCCUAGGAUGGCGGCAGAGUUAG